UGUAGCGAGCCCGCGGAGCCGGUCUCCCCACUGCUCCGGGGUGUUCGGUGUUUCCGGAGUAAACAUGCACCCCGAGGUCUCGGGGCCCGUGGCGGACGGGGGAGCGGAGCAGGACUGCGCGCAGAAGCCGGGCGUGGAGCCGGGCGUGGAGGAGUCGGCGGGUGACCACGGGAACGCCGGCCAAGGGGGCCGCAAGGAAGAAAUUAAUGAUUCUAAGGAAACAUGUGCGGGUCCUUCUGACACAUCUUACCAAAACGAGCAGAAACAGAGUGGUGAUAUCCAAUCAGACGGCUGCUUAGCAAACCAAAGAGAGAACAAGGAAGAUCGCGGCCCCAGAAUGACUAAAAGUUUCCUGCAAAAACUCUGCAAGCAACACAAGCUGUAUGUUACCCCAGCGUUGAAUGACACGCUGUAUUUACACUUUAAAGGUUUCGAUCGCAUCGAGAACUUGGAAGAGUACACAGGGCUGCGUUGUCUCUGGCUAGAGUGCAAUGGAAUACAGAAAAUCGAGAACCUGGAGGCCCAAACUGAACUGCGCUGCCUCUUCUUGCAAGUGAACUUGCUUCAUAAAAUCGAGAACCUGGAACCUCUGCAGAAAUUGGAUGCUCUGAACCUCAGCAACAAUUACAUUAAGACCAUUGAAAACCUCUCCUGUCUGCCAGUCCUGAACACACUCCAGAUGGCGCACAAUCACUUAGAGACCGUGGCAGACAUUCAGCAUCUGAAGGAGUGUUUGAAACUUUGCGUCCUUGACCUUUCCCACAAUAAGCUGAGUGAUCCCGGGAUCCUAAGCGUUCUUGAGAGCAUGCCCAAUUUGCGAGUACUGAAUUUGAUGGGAAACCCGGUUAUCAGGCACGUUCCUAACUAUCGGAGGACAGUCACUGUUCGACUAAAACAAUUAACAUACCUGGAUGAUAGACCAGUCUUUCCAAAGGACAGAGCUUGUGCAGAGGCCUGGGCUAGGGGAGGAUAUGCAGCUGAGAAAGAGGAGAGACAGCAGUGGGAGAGCAGAGAGCAGAAGACGAUCAGAGACAGCAUCGAGGCCCUGGCAAUGCUCAAGCAGCAGGCUGCAGAGAGAAAACAACAGAGAGAAAGCCAAGAGAAAGGGGAGUUGCCACCAGACCACGCUGAGAACAUGGAUGCCUAUGUGGAGGGGAAGGCAGAGCCUGGGGAGGACGGAGAAAGGCAGCAGAAAAUGGAGCUGUUUGUCAAGGAAAGCUUCGAGGCCAAGGAUGAGCUAUUCCCAGAAAAGUCGAGUCUCAUAGAGGAGCUGCCCACAGAUGUCAAUGGAGAGACUGAAGACACGGAGCCAGGAGGGGCGCUCCCGGCCGAGGGCCCGAUGCUGGCAACCCUCGGAGCUGCCUGGGAAGAAUCGACUCCCCAGACUGUGGCCCCUGAGGGUGCAUUAGGUACAGAACUCGAUGGAGCUGAAGAUUUGGAAACCAUUAACCUGGAGACAGAGGAGAAGCUCUUCAUCGAUGACCUGCCUGACUUGGAAGACGUUGACACGGGCGAAUCUCUGGAGGACCGGGACAAGAAGAUGUGCUUUCCAAAGAUUACAGCCAUCUCGAGCUUGAGUGAUGACAGUGACUCUGAACUGGAUUGCACAUCCCUCCCAGUGCUGGAAGACGCAUCCACAGACACCCUGUCAAAUAUAUUCACAGUCUCCAAGGACACCUCCAGGAAGACCAAGACGCCCUUUAUGGACAUAUGUAAAGAAGCAGCAGAGAGGGACUUGGGAAUGCAAAGUAGAGACCCCAAGUCCCCACGCCCACUGGUCCAGGAGCUCUACGACCUUGAGCCUUCAGGGCCAUCACCGAUGCCCCCAACCUGCAAAAGGGAUGCCACACCACCCCCUUCCAGUGAGGAUGGGGACGGUUUCCUACUUUCGGCCUCUCCUCCAGGAAACAGCACUGAAAAGGAUGAAGUGCAGUCUGAGAUGGAGCCCGAGGGGCUGGCGGAGCCCGGGGCGGGAGAGGACCGGGAGGACAUUGAAUUCGGCUUGGACUGAACCUCAAGGGGGGCCCUCCGCCCUUCGACUAAUGGACAGGGAGCCGGCGGCUAGGCCAGGACUGACCCCCCAGCAGGUGCAGGUCACCCCCUUGACUGGGCUCCCCUUCCUUCCAAAGAGCAGCGGUUCCUGAGAGCGCUUGGGCCUGGGCUGUGACGAGUGCCCACGUCGCACGGCUCCCUCUCCCGCCCUGGCAGCCUCUGCCAGCGUGGGCAGCGCUGUGUUCCUGGUUCUCAAAGCAUAACCCACUCCCCCCACCAUAUGUGGUAAAUGGUGU